AAUUCAAACAAAUUGUGAAGAGAACAAUAGGAAGAAAAAUAAGUUUUUGUUAUCAUUUGAGUGAAGUCGACGAACUUUGUGAAUAAUGAGAAAUGAGUUGUUAGUUAAGUGAGUUUUUGCUUCAAAACCGCUAGCACAAUACAUGCUUCUCAACUAAGCUUUUUCUAAACAGUAAGAAAGUGCAGCGGAUACCGAGCAAUUUUAGCCUGAGCGAAAUCGCAAAUUCAUUUACUCAGCAAUGAACCAAUAGAGCGUUUCCAAUACUUGACCGCGUGAAAUAAAUAUAUUACAGCAACAAUUUAGUUGCACCACGGUUUUUAUCAAUUUAUACGCAACCGAGCAAGCGUCCUAUUGGCUAAAUUUUGCGAAUUUUUUGAUUAAAGAAAACGUACAUAUAUAUGCACAAUAUAUAUAUACAUAUGUAGAGAUUUUUUAUAUCCUUUAAGUAACAUCAUGUACAACAUUAAUCCAGAUUUACAACAAGAACGUGACGGCGCUACUUUCAAUCCAUACGAAUUAACUAUUUGGUGGGAUGGUGGCACGGAAAAAUAUGAAAAAAGGAAAGCAUUAGAAAAACUCUUUUUAGAAGACUCUGAACUGAAAGACGACUUACCCCUGUCGUACAUGUCACACAAACAAAUUUAUGAGAACAGUGUACGUAAAGCAGUGCUGAUUGCUAAGAAACUACGUGACUUGCAUGAUGUUGGGGAGCUAAGUGUUGACACCUACACUGCAUUGUUAGGUGGUACUUUAGGUUGCGCCUUGCUUAAAGAAGGUAAUCCGUUAAGUGUACAUUUCGUUAUGUUCGUACCAACAAUUUUGGGCCAGGGUACUAUGGAACAACAAAUUACAUGGUUAAGCAAAGCUUGGGAGCUGAAUAUAAUUGGUACUUACGCUCAAACCGAAUUAGGUCACGGAACCUUCUUGCGAGGUCUGGAGACGCGCGCUGAUUAUGAUGAAAAGACUCAAGAAUUCGUUUUAAAUUCACCGACGUUAACGGCUUAUAAAUGGUGGCCGGGCGGCUUGGGCAAUACAGCCAACUAUGCGGUGGUAGUUGCUCAACUGUACACUUUGCGGAAAUUUCGAAGUUUGGCUCCAUUUAUUGUUCAAAUACGUGACGAGGAAACUCAUAUGCCCGUGCCCGGCGUUGAUAUUGGUGAAAUUGGACCAAAGUUGGGGAUGAAAUCGGGUAACAAUGGUUAUUUAGGUUUUAAAAAUGUGCGAGUGCCGCUAAAUCAUAUGCUGAUGAAGAACCAACAAGUGUUAUUUGAUGGUACCUAUAUACCACCGAAGAAUUCUGCUUUAACUUAUGGCACUAUGAUGUUUGUGCGUGUGGUAUUAAUUCGUGACGCUUCGUUGGCUUUAGCUAAGGCAUCGACUAUCGCCGUUCGUUAUUCAGCAGUAAGACGUCAAAGUCCUAUAGAUCCAAAUAAGCCAGAGCCGCAAAUCAUGGACCAUAUAACGCAACAGUUGAAAUUAUUUCCACAAGUUGCCAAAGCCAUUGUGUUUAAAGCAAAUGGGGAUAUUAUUUAUGACAUGUACGCCCAUGUAUCUCAGGAGAUAGAAAAGGGAGCUUUAGAACGCUUACCUGAAAUGCACGCUCUCUCCUGUUGCCUGAAAGCGGUUUGUAGUGCAGAUGCUGCAUCAGGUGUUGAAGUAUGUCGUUUAGCUUGCGGAGGUCAUGGGUAUAUGGAUUGUUCAAAUUUCCCUACUCUAUAUGGUAUGUCCACGGCAGUCUGUACAUAUGAGGGCGAAAACACAGUAAUGUUGUUGCAAACCGCGCGUUAUUUGGUUAAAGCAUACGGACAGGCUGCUUUAAAUCCUCAAGUGCAAUUAGUACCGACGGUAGCUUACAUUAAAAAGAUUAUAGAAGAACCAGAAUUCGUCGGUUUUGAUGGUUCAUCAGAAGCAAUCGUUGAGGCUUUUGAAUACGUGGCUGCUAAUAAAAUACGCAUAGCAUACGAACGCGUGGAACAGCAAAGGCGAAAGGGCGCUAUACCCGAAGUGGCAACCAAUCGGUGUGGUAUUGAAAUGGUACAAGCAGCGGAGCUGCACGGACGUGCAUUUUUAGCGCAUACGGCUCUAACUGAAAUACAAGCCUUAUCACAAAAGGUCUCUCCUGCAUUAGGCGAGAUAUUCCAAUUGCUUUUGGAACUGUACUUAGUGGAUGCCUGCCUACAUGGAAUUGGUGAUUUUUUGAGGUUUAUAAAAUUAACUGAACAAGACGUUAAUGGACUUGAAUUACAUUUCCAAGAGUGCUUGAAACGUUUGCGGCCCAAUGUUGUUGCUCUAGUGGAUGGAUUCGAUUUGCAUGACCGAAUUUUAGAUUCCGCUCUUGGUGCCUAUGAUGGCAAUGUUUACGAAAAAAUCUUCGAUGCAGCUAAAAAGAGCCCUUUAAAUAAAGAGGCGGUUAACGCAUCAUUUCAGAAAUACUUAAAACCCUUAAUGAAAUCAAAUCUGUAAAUAUGUUUGUAUUUUAAACAACAAUAAUAACCGAUCGUAAAUUUUUACAAUUUAUUUA